ACAGCCAAUUUUGAUAAAUUAUUGAUUCAGUAUCGGGGAUUUUGUGCUUACACUUUUGCUACAACAGAUGGUCUUCUCCUUCCAGGAAAUCCAUCAAUUGGAAUUUUGAAAUAUAAAGAUAAGUAUUAUACUUUCAAUACCAGAGAUGCUGCAUAUUCAUUUGCAGAAAAUCCUGAAAAUUACAUUGAUAUAAUUAGAGAAAAAGCCAAAAAAAAUGCAGAAUUGAUUCAGCUACUGGAACUUCAUCAACAGUUUGAAACCUUUAUUCAGUAUUCUCAGAUGAAAGAGGUUGACAAACGUUAUAUAAAACCAAUUACAAAAUGUGAAACUGGCACUCAGACGGAUACGCACUUGUUGCCACCAACAAUUGUGAGAUCGUAUGAGUGGAAUGAAUGGGAAUUAAGAAGAAAAGCUAUAAAAUUGGCCAAUUUGCGUCGGAAAGUUACUCACUCGGUACAGACUGAUCAUAGUCACAUGAGAAGAGAAAACUAUUCCCAGGUGUACCCUUCAAAGGAUGUUGGUACUCAGUCCAUGAGGGAGGGCAGCAGCCGAGUGCCCCGGCCCCAGAUUUACAUAGCUGGUCUCCGCGGGGGCCAAACUAAGACCACCUAUGGAGUCAAGGUGAACUUAACUAGAGCGGUUGAUGAAACCUAG